AUGGCCAAAAGUCACCUUUCAGGAUUCCUCUUCCUCUGCAUGGUCAAUACCGCCAUCCCUCAACUGACUCCUCGUGGACCAAGACCAGUACCUGUGCCACAAGACAAACCAAAUGAUAACCUACCCGAACUAGAACGUUGUAAGCCCACGAUUGUCAGCUGUCCCAUCAAGGUAUUCUUCACAAUCGACACUUCUGAGACCAUAGCCCUCCAGGAGUCUCCACCUGGAUCAUUGGUGGACAAAAUUAAGGAUUUCACACGAAUUUUUGCCGACAAACUGGCUGACGAGGAGUACCGAGGUGUGGUACGCUUCACCUGGUUGGUCGGGGGCCUGCAUUUCUCCCAGAAGCAGGUGGUUUUCAGCCAGUUUUCUACAAAGGAGACCUUCAUCAGGAACCUUAACCAGAUUAAAUACCUGGGCAAAGGCACCUACAUCGACUGCGCCCUAAAAAACAUGACGCACCAAAUGACUCGACACUAUUCGGAAAUGAAGGCCGUUCAUUUUUCCGUGGUUAUCACUGACGGUCAUGUGACGGGAAGCCCUUGCGGCGGAUUCAAAGCGACGGCCGACAAGGCCCGAGAGCAGGGGAUUCGCAUUUUCUCAGUGGCAGCGUCUCAGUUAAUCGAAGAAACCGGAAUGAGGGAGAUCGCCAGCUCGCCGACUGAAGUUUACCGUGACAAUUAUUCAGUCAUGAAAAUCGUUCAUGGAAGACCGAAAAUAAGGACAGAAUCUAUUGAUCGCAUCAUACAAGCUAUGAAAUAUCAAGCCUUUGUAGAGUGCUACCAACUGCAAUGCUUCGAGACCCCUGGAAUGCCUGGACCAAGAGGGCCUCGAGGACCAAAAGGUACAAAAGGAGAAAGCGGUUAUCCUGGACCAAAAGGUGAAAAGGGAGGACAGGGUGAUCGUGGCAUUGAAGGUCCAAUCGGACGUCCUGGACCAAAGGGAGAAGUUGGGUUGAAGGGUGACAAGGGUGAUCUAGGAGGAAGUGGAGCAAAGGGUUUGGUAGGAGUACCUGGCCGGAAUGGAACUGAUGGACAGAAGGGCAUGAUUGGCCGUAUUGGAGGUCCUGGUUGCAAAGGGGAUCCAGGCGACAAAGGAGAGGACGGCUACCACGGAGAAGUUGGGGAAGAUGGCCAACAAGGCAAAAAAGGAGAAAAGGGUGAACUCGGCCUUCCCGGCAAAUCAGGUGCUCCUGGCCCUGAGGGUGAACGAGGACCAAAGGGUGAAAGAGGAAAUCCAGGAUACUCAGGACUCCCAGGAAAUAAGGGAUCAGUGGGACUGCCUGGUUUACCAGGACCAAGAGGUGAAUUGGGAAGGCAAGGACAUGAAGGACCAAAGGGAAAACAGGGAUCUGUUGGGAGAAAGGGAGUGAAGGGAGAACGAGGACAUCAAGGAAGUUGGGGACAACCAGGGAUUGAAGGAUUCAAGGGUACAAAGGGUCAACUUGGACUCCCAGGCCCGAGGGGUCAGGCAGGAGAAUUGGGAGAUUCUGGUACAAAUGGUACCUCAGGAAAUCCAGGAGAUUCAGGACCGAGAGGAGAGCCUGGCCCAGAAGGACCAAAGGGUGAUAAAGGAAGACAAGGAUUCAGUUACCCUGGACCAAGAGGAGCAACUGGCGACCGAGGUGAUCCAGGGAGAAAAGGAGCAAGGGGUAGCCGAGGUGAAUCUGGAGCCAAAGGGGAGCCAGGAAUCAAAGGGCAACGUGGAGAGGCUGGGGAGGUAGGUGAAGCUGGAGAACCUGGAGAAAGAGGAACUAGAGGGAACCCUGGGCCAGACGGUUCCCCUGGACCACAGGGAGAUCCUGCACUUACUGAUUGUGAUGUCAUGACUUACAUCAGGGAAACUUGUGGUUGCUGUGACUGUGAGAAGCGUUGCAGUGCCCUGGACAUUGUAUUCAUCAUAGACAGCUCGGAGAGUGUCGGUUUGAGCAACUUCACCUUGGAAAAGAACUUUGUAAUCAAGACCAUUAAUCGUCUUGGAUCUAUGGCCAACAGCCCUGCAUCCCCGACUGGAACAAGAGUCGGAGUUGUCCAGUACAGUCACAAUGGGACCUUUGAGGCCAUCCGUCUUGAUGACCCUAACAUAAACUCCAUGUCUGCUUUCAAAACGGCCGUGAAGAACCUUCAGUGGAUUGCGGGAGGCACCUUCACCCCUUCAGCUCUAAAAUUUGCCUACGAACACCUUAUAAGGGACAGCAAGAGAGCCGCCGCCCAAGUGUCCGUGGUUGUAAUCACUGACGGACGCUUUGACCCACGUGACGAUGAGGAUCUUCUCAAAUACCUCUGCCGAGACAGCAGAGUCGAGGUGAACGCCAUCGGGGUUGGAGACAUGUUUAGAAAAGCACAGGACGAUGACAUUUUGGGCUCCAUAGCGUGCGACAAUAAGGAUCGGGUCACUGGAAUGAAGAAUUUUGUUGAUUUAGUCGCUGAGGACUUCAUAGACAAAAUGGAGACUGUGCUGUGUCCAGAUCCAGUUGUUGUGUGCCCCGAUCUCCCUUGCAAGCGUGAGCCUGAUGUGGCCCUGUGUGCCCAGCGGCCAGUGGAUGUGGUAUUCCUCCUCGACGGCUCGGAACGCCUUGGGACUGACGACUACCGUCACAUCCGUGAAUUCUUGCAAACAGUGGCAAACAAACUUGUGCUGGCCAGGAGCAGGACAGAUCGCCUUAGAGCUCGCCUGGCUCUGUUUCAAUAUGGCAACAACGGGGAGAAACUUGUGGCUUUCCCGCUCACGCACGAUGCUGCUGUUGUCUCCAACGGUCUGGCACGUCUGCGCUAUCAGUUCUCUUCAUCCAGCAUAGGACCAGCGAUCACCGAGGCAAUUGACAGAAUGCUUGGCAGGGGAACGACUCGUCAGACGAGACGGCUCGCAGAGAUUGCAUUUGUUUUCAUUACUGACGGCGUCACAGACACAAAAAACUUGGACGAUGCGGUGCGCGCCAUGCGUAGGGAACAGGUCGUUCCCACAGUUAUCGCCGUAGGAAGCGAUGUAGAUCAUGAAGUGUUAACAAAGCUAGCCAUGGGAGAUGGGAACGCCAUUUUUAAGGCCAAAAAAUGGUCACAAUGGCAGUCAGGCUUGAUUGACAAUUUUAUCCGGUGGAUAUGUUAA